AGGAGGGACGGCGCCGCAUCGGAAACGCGCUGGCGACUACCGGUAUUGCUGGCUUGCAGGCCGUAUGGAGCGUCGGCCGGACGCCCGACAAAUGGGGCCAACUGGUGUUGACGAGUAACUGGGACUCGAGGGGGAACUGUGCCGACUUUAUUGGCGACACGCCAUUCACAAUCCCUCGCACCUGUCCCUGCGAAGAGCUCGCCAGGGCUGUGAGCACUGAGGAGCCUGCGCAUUGAAAGACGCCAUGUCGGCCGCCACAAGCGUGCCCGCGGCGCCCGAUCCAGCUCCCGCACCAGCUCCAGCACCGUCUGCGGAGGAGCUGCCGCCAGUGCCAGCGCCCGCCGAUCAGGACGCGAACCAAGAAGUGACGACCCUCGAGGCCGACACUGCGACGCCGUCCGACAGCGACGCAGAUUCCGCCUUUGACGGCGAGUCCAGCGCGAGCACGUCGCUGGCCUCGUCCAUCCUCAACUACGAGUACUCCAACGGCCGCCGGUACCAUGGCUAUCGCAGCGGCGCGUACGUCCUGCCCAACGACGAGGACGAGCAGGACCGCCUCGACCUGCUGCACCACAUCUUCCUGCUGCUGCUCGACGGGAAGCUAUUCGCGGCGCCCAUCGCGCCGGCGCGCGUACUUGACAUCGGCACCGGCACCGGCAUAUGGGCGUUGGAUUUUGGUGACGAGAACCCAGGCUCAGAGGUCCUCGGCACCGAUCUGUCGCCCAUCCAGCCCAGCUGGGUGCCGCCCAACGUAAAGUUCUACAUCGACGAUGCCGAGAGCGAAUGGGUGUACAGCCCGCACGAGCGCUUCGAUCUGAUCCAUGCGCGCGGGCUGUCGGGCGCCAUCAAUGACUGGGAGAAGCUGUGCAGGCAGUGCUAUGAGAACUUGCAACCCGGCGGGUGGCUAGAGUUCCAGGAGCCCAUGGCGUGGGUCGAGAGCGACGAUGGCACCAUAGAGCGUGCACACAAUCUGAGGGAUUGGCAGCAGCUCUGCAAUGAUGCAGCCGCCAAGUUUGGCAAGGUCAUAAAAGUCGGGCACACGCUCAAGGAGCGGUUGUUGGGCGCGGGUUUUGUCGACGUCCACGAGAAAAUAGUAAAGGUCCCCAUUGGGCCGUGGCCGAAGGAUCCAAAGAUGAAGGAGAUUGGCCGCUACCAGCGCGAGCACAUGGUGAUAGGCAUCGAACCGUACACAUUGGGCUUUCUCGGGAAAAUUUUGGGCUGGAGCGAAACAGAAUGCAAGAUCAUCAUUGCAAAGGUGCGCGAAGAAGUACGAGACAAAAACCUGCACAUGUAUAUCCGGUUCUACUUUGUGUACGGACGGAAGCCGGAGAGCGCAGUGCAUUGAAAAGACCCUAAAAGCCCGGAGGAGCCUCCGGAUAUUCUUCUUGUUCAUGAGUUUUCUACGAUUGUAUGAAAGGGAGGAUCAGUCAUUGCAUCUUAUACCCUAGCAACAAUGAUUGCCGCUGGAAGGCUGGCACCGUCUCAUUUAUUCAUCUACCAUAUCAGCGAAUGUAGCC